CGGAGCGCGCGCACGCACGCUACGCACGCACGCGCCGAGACACGCUCCCUCCCUCGCGCGCUCUCUCUCUCAGCCCCCUCCCCCCUCUCCCGAGCGGCGUUGCUUGUGCGACCGAAGGGGAGGGAAGAUGGCGGCCGGCGGCAGUGGCGGCGGCAAGGCCUCCUCCUCGUCGUCGUCUUCGUCGUCGUCUUCUACUUCGUCGUCGUCCUCCGCUGUCGCGGGCGGCGGGGGCGGGCCGGCCUCGUCGUCGUCGUCGUCCGGCCCGCUGGAGGCGUCCCUGGACAGGAAGCUGCAAGGGGUGACCAACACCAUGGAGUCCAUCCAGGGCCUGUCGUCGUGGUGCCUGGAGAACAAGCGGCACCACAGCACCAUCGUCCACCACUGGAUCAAGUGGAUGCGCAGAUCUGCCUUUCCACAUCGGCUGAACCUUUUCUACUUGGCCAAUGAUGUCAUCCAGAACUGCAAAAGGAAAAAUGCGAUUGUGUUCCGUGAAUCGUUUGCCGAAGUGCUCCCGGAGGCCGCCGCUUUGGUGAAAGAUCCAUCAGUCUCCAAAUCUAUAGAAAGAAUCUUUAAAAUCUGGGAAGAUCGAAAUGUGUACCCAGAAGAAACCAUCAUCUUACUGAAAGAAGCUUUAAAGACUCCUAAAGGGCAUCCCAUAAUCUCAGACUGCAAAACAAAAAACAAAACAAAACAAAAAUGUUUUCCAGGUUCCACUUUCAAAGCUCAGAAGCAGCAGAAAGAAACUCAGAGCAAACAGCCAACUAAGUCAUGGAAGAAACCGCAAACCUCUACAAAUCCCAAAGCUGCACUGAAGUCCAAGAUAGUUGCAGAAUUUCGACCGCAGUCCCUGGUUGAUGAGCUGCUCUGCUACAAGCGGUCCGAGGACCAGAUAGAGCUGAAGGAAAAGCAGCUCUCCACCAUGCGAGUCGACGUCUGCAGCACCGAGACUCUGAAGUGCUUAAAAGACAAAACAGGGGGAAAGAAAUUCUCCAAGGAGUUUGAGGAGGCGAGUGCCAAGCUGGAAGAGUUUGUCAACAGCCUGGGCAAGCAGGUGAAAAGCGGCCCAUCCUUGACAGAGGUGCUCGAGAACGCGGGGAUCUUCUACGAAGCGCAAUACAAGGAGGUCAAGGUGGUGGCAAAUGCUUACAAGACCUUUGCUAACAGAGUGAACAACCUCAAGAAGAAACUGGAUCAGCUGAAGGCGACGCUUCCUGACCCUGAAGAAUCGCCAGUCCCCUCCCCGAGCAUGGACGCCCCCUCCCCGACUGGCUCGGAGUCUCCCUUCCCUGGGAUGGGGGAGGACGACAACUCCCCUGGUCCAGGGCCAGAAAGGGAGAAGUCUCCGACUCCAGAGCCCGCAACGGACAAUCGUGAUGUGGAGGAUAUGGAGCUCUCCGAUGUGGAGGAGGAGGAGGAGGCCCCAAAGAUCAUUGUGGACGAACGGAAAGAGAAGCCGGCUGUUUCAACAAUGCCCCCUGCAAAGAUGGUUGAAAGCAUCCCGAAAAUGUCUCCUUCCACGACAGCUGCAGCAGCAGUAGCAGCAGCAGUGCCACCACCGCAAGCAGCAGCAGCAGCAGUAGCAGCAGUGCUACCUGCUCCGGGUGUGGCAACGCUGGCUCCAAGCCCCAUCACCCCUCUGACCCCUAAGCCGGCUACCCCAGCAGCACCCCUUCCUCAGUCCCCUGCCCUCGCCUUGCCGAACCUUGCCAAUGUGGAUUUGGCUAAGAUCAGCUCCAUUCUCAGCAGCCUCACCUCGGUGAUGAAGAACACAGGCGUCAGUCCUGCCUCGAGACCUUCUCCUGGCACCCCAGCCAGCCCAACGACACUUAUGAGCGGUCUGAAGACCACAGGGAUGGGCCCCCUGACUGCCCCUCCAAACCCUUUGGCCAAUAUCUUCUCCAAAGUCGAGAUCACCCCCGAAAGUAUCCUCUCGGUGCUCUCCAAGAGCCAGAGCCAGUCUGCACCAGGCCUGCAAGGUCUGUCCUCGUUCCUCCAGAGUGUGGCUGGGAACACAGCCCAACCCACCGAGAUGGCAUCCCAGAGUUCGUCGGCAUCGCCGGCCAACACGACAGCUUCUUCUGUAAAAGGAAGGAACAUUUCCUCUAAUACUCAGCCCUUCAUGCCCCAGAGUUUUGGCUAUUCUCCAAAUUCCUCCUCCUCGGCUGAGGUCUCUUCCACCUCGGUCAACAAGGUUCCUUCUGGGCACAGUGUGGGGCUCCCCAGUUCCAGUUUCAAGCCUCCCACAAAUUCCUUGGGGUUCUCUGGCUCCCACAAUGUCAGCCCUUCCCUUCGGCCGGCUGAGAACCCCACGAGCCAAUCCUCCGAGCUGGCGGAGGCCAAGCUCGAGUCAGAACCCCCGUCCCCGAGUCUGGAAAUGAAGAUACACAACUUCCUGAAGGGGAACCCAGGUUUCAGUGGCUUGAACCUCAACAUCCCCAUUCUGAGCAACCUGGGGUCUGCCGCUGCACCCCCCGAGAGCCAGUCGUCGUCCUCCGAUUUCAACCGCGGACCCACAAGCACCUCUAUGGACAGCAUUGAUGGGACCCCCGUCAGGGACGAAAGGAGCGGGACUCCGACUCAGGAUGAGAUGAUGGACAAGCCGUCAUCCAGCAACGUGGACACCAUGUCACUGCUGUCAAAGAUCAUCAGCCCCGGAUCCUCUACUCCGAGUAGCACAAGGUCACCCCUUCAAAGACAGGAUGACAGCUACCCCCAAGAACUGUCCAACUCUGUGUACAGGUCCUUCAGCUUGAGCCGAGAUUCUCCAGCCAGCAUGUACAAGCAGUCCUCCGAUGGGAUAGAGUUGCCUUCCUCUUUAAUGGACUCCCCGCAAGAGAAGUUCUACCCAGACACCUCAUUCCAGGAGGAUGAAGAUUACCGUGACUUUGAUUACUCUGGCCCACCGCCUUCUGCUUUGGUGAACCUGGAGAAGCAGCCAGGAAAGUCAAUCCUGAAGUCCAGCAAGCUUUCUGACCCCUCUGAGUACCCGUCUGUUCUGUCGAGUUACGGUCAAUGUGCCUCCGGCUUUGGCCUGAAAUCUGCUUUCCCCCAGUCAAUGAGAGCUCUCCACGACCAGAGCGAAAGCUGUGACCCUUUGCCUUCGCCUGGAAUGUACGGAGGAUACGGUUUGCGGGGAAAUGACUCUGGCUCAGAUGCUUCGCCUACGCCAAGCAAGAACGAUGUCUUUUUCCCACCGGAUUCCAAUCACAACAGCUUGUCCAAACCCAUGCCUCAGAAGCAGUAUCCGGAUUCCCCUCACUUGGUCCCUCAAAGGUCGCUUUUCUCCCCCCAGAAUGCGCUCCUGGCCCCAGGCAGUAGACUCCCCACAAGCAACACAGACAAGCCUGUUGUGUCUUCCAUCUCAGCCACUUCAACCAUUGAGUUCAAGAACAUGCUGAAGAACGCCUCCCGCAAGCCCUCGGACGAGAGCAAGCAUUUUGGCCAGGUUGCAAAAGGGGGCCUCAGCGACAGCACAGGCCUGUCCGGCCUUGGCCAGGUGGGGGUUCCUCCAGGUGGGGAGCAGCAGAAGCAGCAAGAGGAGCAUUACCGGAUCGAGACCAGGGUGUCGUCAUCCUGCUUAGAUUUACCCGACAGCACCGAAGAGAAGGGAGCCCCCAUCGAAACGCUGGGCUACCACAAUGCCUCCAGCAGGGGCAUGCCUGGCGAGCCCAUUCAGACAGUAGAGUCCAUAAGAGUCCUUGGGAAAGGGAGCAGAGGCCAUGGGCGAGAGACCCCCAGAGCGGGGUGGUUUGAGUUGAGCAGCGCAGGUAGUACCUUCGAUAACGGUCCUUCGGGUACGACGGAGAUGCCCCCCAUGGGAACCGGCGGCGGUGGUGGCAGUGGUGUGUCCGGCUUCCAGACCCAGUACAAAGACCAUGGGCCGCCGUUCCAGGAGAACGUCAACAACUUCAGACCCGGCGGCUUUGCCGCUGCCACCUUCGACCGCCACGUGCCGCCCCCUUCCCUUGAGCACGGGGCGUCUUUCCCCAUGGACCAAAUUGGGCCGCCUCCCCCCACAGGGCCUCAGUCCCUGCCUCCGAAGGAUCUCGGCAGCCUUUUCUCUCGGGACCACUCAGUCCCCCCGCCCCGGAUGCCGUCGGUGGAUCACACCGGCCCUUUCUCAAAGGAAGCCGCCUCCCCGCUCGGCCUGCCCCACGGCGUCCCGCCUCCCCCUUCCUUGGAACGCAGUGGGGUGCCGUUCCCCACCCAGCCGCCCCCUCCUCUCCCCGGGGAGCACGGCAGCGUCCCGUUCUCCAGCCCGCCGCCCCCUCCCGGGGACCUUGGACUCCCAUUCCCGGCUCCCCCUCUAGCCACCGAGCGCCAGAGCCCCUUGGCCGUGCACCAGGGGACAAUGAAGGAGCAUUUUAGCAUGCCAUCGGGAGCAUCUCGGGACCAGCUGGGCCAGGGGCAGCGCGACCACGGCGGCCGGGCGAGAGAGAACAUGGGCCUGGGCACCCUCCCAAGAGAUCCUCUGGGCGCAGCCCUUAACAUCAGCUCCUCUGUCCCACCUCACCGGGACGCCACAAACCGAGGCGGGCUGGGGAUUAGAAACCAGAGGCCGGAUUUCCGACCCAGGGAAUUGUUCUUAAACAGAGACCCCUUUAACAGUUUAAAAAGGCCUCGGCCCCCCUUCGCCAGGGGCCCCCCCUUCUUCGCACCAAAACGUCCCUUCUUCCCUCCCAGGUACUGAAUGAAGGUGUUCCAGAACUUUCUAGAGAGCGGUGGAAGUGACAUGUUCACUUUUGUUUUAUUUUUAAAAUCUUUUCUUUAAAAACAAGAACAACAAACUAACCUGCCCCUUAAAGGGCCCCACAACAUUUUUCGUUGUCAAUUAAGGUAUGUUCUGUACUUCAGUGCAUUUAUUGCAUCCUCCCCCCGCCCCCAUUUUCAUUCUCUUUGCUUGUUUGGAGGGGCUUUUUAGUUGAUGGCCUAAAUUUAGAGAGUGAAUUUUGGUUUUGCUUUCCUUUUUUGCAGAAUAAUUAAAAAACUAACCAUAAAGUGAUCGUAGAAAUAAAGAAUUUUCAGUUCAUGAAACAUAGGGUUUGGGACUCCCCUAGCAUUGAAGUGAGAGUUAGGAGAAAAGAUCAUUUUCCCAAAUACAAUUUAGGAAGAGAAAAGGUCCAAGAAGUCAAAGCUUGCCUUUCAUGCUGUUGCUUUUAACUCUUCCUGUGCCUCUUUUCCUUUUGGGGAGUCAGAAUUACUCUCCCCGCACCCUUCAAUGGCCUGGGCUGAUUCUUCAUGGGCACAUUUAGUAUUUGCUUGAGUCAACCGUAGGGGAAAGGGAAGGAUUUGCUAUUUCUGUGCACCUGUUAACCCCUUUUUCUUGCUUCCUUGCAGCCCUUUCGGUUCUUAAAGUUCUCAUACAUUUCUCAGAUUGGCAAAGGGAUGGGAAUGGGAGAAGCCCAUGCCAGAAUAACUCCACUUUGCCUGGGGUCUUAAGGGCUUUAAGGAGAUUGUUAUCUGGAGACAGGUUAUACACAGGGUGAGUAAUGGGCAAAUUCUCUCCGGGUGCUUAUAGCCGGCUGAGGCUGCUAGAGUCAUUUUGAGGGGGCAGGGAGCAGGUAUGGCCCAAGCUCUCCCCCUGGUCACCUUCCUCUUGAAGCCAGCCAUGCAUUGCCAAAGGCUGCUGCGUUUCAAUCCCUCCCUCACCCCCAAAUCAUAAGAGGGCAGGAUUUGGCCAGCACUCUGCUGAGAGUUGCCAAGCUCUCCUGCUUUUUCUGAACUUAGUUUGUGCAGAUAGCGAGCUUUGCACUCUUUAAGGAGAGGAAUGGGCAAGGAGAUGUCAUCAGUCAGUGAAAACGGCCUGGUGUCUACAGUUAAUGAGUAGCAGUUUAUGCAGGGCAUCUGUGCCUCAGCAGACACAGUGGUCUAGUCAAUUUCAGCUCCCUUCAAUUGGGUUCCACGGAGAAUGGCUGUACCUGAUGCCAGGCGAUUCCUGCUUCCUUCUGCUCAAGUCUUUUCCUGCUUUCCCUCCCCCAAAAUCCCUCCUCGUGAGCUGAGCUGUUCUCAAGUUGCCAGAUGACCUCCACCCCGAUUCUCUACUCUACUGUCUCCCCUCCUACCUGUGACCUGCCCAUUUGCCUCCUUAUUUUUCUCUCAACACAGUUGUGGGCAUAGAUGACUUUUCUGUAAAAACUGGGAUUCACUUAAUAGCCACGUUUCCUUUAAGGCAACAGGAAAGUUGCAUUUUAAAAAUAUUGUUAGGAAUAAUCUGCUAUUCUGUGCAUUUGAAACAAUAUUCCAUAGCUCAUGUGUGCACAGUUUUCCUUUUUAAAAAACUACAUAGCAUGAACAGUUUUUAUAUAUCCGGUAGAUCUUGAAGGUCCAGGGGUUAUGAAGAGUUUGGUUUUAUUAAAACCUGACAGUUUUAAAAUGCCAAGGCUUUAAGGGGGGGUAGUUUUCCCUACAGUCCUCCUUGAUCCACCUAAUCUGGGUGAUGUAUACUUCCAGGUUUUUCCCCCUGAAAAAUUAAUUUUAGUGAAUGGCAAACCUCAAAAGGGUAGACUCUAGUUCAUUCAGAUCCUGUUGUUCUGAUCCCCACCCGCAAGCAGAAGAGAUUGUCACUAUCCAUAUUAGGGGUUUAUGACUAGCAGUUCUUGAGUUCAUCUCUUACCAGGAAGCAGGAAAGUCAAGUUUAAAUCCUCUCACAAGCUGAUUGUGCACCUGGCAGGACCCCUCUCAAAGAUCCCUGGGAGCUACUGGCUUGUGAGCACAGAAACAUUAACACCCCUCCCCAGAACUGAAAUUCCCAGAAGUCCUUGCAGGGAGGGGGUACCCAUCUGGAUAAACCAGCUUAACCCACCUGUCAUUCAGAACAAAACAUAUCUCCCCCCCCCCCCGCUUGUGACACGAGGGAGCUAACAACAGUCUGUGGCUAAUCUGUACAGCUAAUCUCUCUCUUAACUGCAUGACUUUUGGUGCCACUCUAGAUAAGUUUUUCAUCUUUAGACAUUUGGGAGGUUUUGUGGGUCUACUCCUCCCCCCUGAGAAACAUCACUUACUUGCAUUAUGCUGUAUAUAAACCCACGGGGCCGAAAUCCAUCACAGCUUUCUCCCGCGUCAGACUAGUUCGUUUUGACGUGGCCUGCUCAGCAGAGCUUUCUUGUGAAGCGUCCCCCAAGCCGGCUUCUUAGAUUUUUCACGGUUUUGUUCAGACAGGCUUCACAAUUUGCAGAGGGACUCAAAACCAAUAUUGAAACGAGCAAAGGUGGUUUGGCGGCGGCGGCACAGUUUUCUUUAUUUUUCCUUCCUAGGAGAAUAGAAUGUGAAACUACUUAUUUCUGCUGCUCUCUUUCUCUCUGUGGCGAUUCCAUUGAUCCUUUAAAAAAAAGAAAAUUAACCCGUGGGCGAUGAAAGCACCCUCAAGAACUAACCGCUACUCAAAUUGCCACAGAAUGCUAAGAUUUGGGGGUGCCAUUGUGUGUUGGGGGGGAGGGCUUCUUGCAGGAAAAGGGAACCUGUAAGAAAGACAAAAAAUAUUUUAAUGGUAAGAGCUCUGUGUCUUUCCCUCUUCUCUCCCAAUUCUCAUAUUCUCUCUCUCUCUCAUCCAUAUAUAUAUAUAUAUAUAUAUAUAUAUAUAUAUAUAUAUAUAUAAUGAGAGAUUUUGUGCUUUUACUUUAAGAUGUUCACAGUUAGCAAUGUACAUAUGUGUGUGUAAAAACAAAACAAAAAAGGUUAGGUUGUUGGACAGGAAGGAUUUCCCUGUCUCUGGUUUCUUCACACGCCCUUUUCCCUUUGCUGUUACUUUUGUAUUUCACCUGACAAGGAGAGAAACAAAAUGGAAAUAAGAAAUAAACAUGUAUUUUUUAAGGAAAACCUUAGUCUCUCUCAUGAAGGGCAGAAUUUCCUAGGAGAUGAAGGGAGGCACAGAAGUCCCUUCCCCCCUCCCCCGCUUGCUUUCCAGCUGUUUUGGAAAGGGGGGGUGACUGGCGGGGGUUGAAAGUAUCCCGUUUGUGGAACCCACUUCUAAUUGAUGACAAAAAAGUAACUUUUAUGACAGAUCUUUAUAGGGGUGGGGGGACAGCACCUCCCCAGAUUUCUUGGUGUCCGUUCUUCCUCUGGUGCAGUUCCCCUUAGAUAUGCAUUUUGACCUUCCAAGACAAAAUUACUUGCGUAGCACAGGGGAAAUAUUAGCAUAUUUCAUUCUGGGGUGGGGGGGGCACGUGGCACAUUUGCAGAGCAGAAUCUUGGGUGGGGGGGGUAGCUUUCAGGGUUGGGGAACGCGAGGGAACCUGCUUCCCAUAUUAAGAGAGCAGGUGUUUUGGGGAUACACCCCAUUCCCCCCCAGAAGUGUGUGGCUGUGCUACCAUUUUGGAAGGGGGAAAAAAUACUGUACAUAAUUGAUGUGCUUUUCAUUUUCUUUGUGUGUGCCUGUUUUAAGAGGAGGGGCGGGGAGAGUUUAAUCUUUGUUGGCUUGGUUUUAUUUUCAAGUGUUUUCUUGUGGGGGAGUUGCGG